AUGGAUUAUUAAUUACCUUCUUUGGCAGAACCAUUCACAUGGGUUUCUUAUAGUAUUUUAGGCAUUUUGGUAGGAUUAUCAUAAGCUGGUGGCAUUGGUGGUGGUCCAAUAAUAUCCCCAGUCAUGAUGGUUUUACUGGGAUGUCCUAGUAAAAAAGCAAUUUGGAACACUUACAUAAUGCUUUUGGGAGGAAGUCUUGGUAAUUUCCUAAGAUUAGGAAAAGAGAGAGUAAUAAUUUAUAUUUAAAUUGCUUUAGACUGCUAAUGGAAGUGCUCCAUUGAUCAAUUAUUAAUUGGUUCAAAUUACAUUACCAUUAUUAUUGGCUGGAGCAAUUUUGGGAGUUGCAACAGGUAAAUGGUUGCCAAAACUAAUGAUUGUGAUCUUUUUGUUCGGUAUAUUAAUGACAGUCUUUUUAAAAACGAAGAGUUUAUACAUAAAAACACGUAGUAAAGAAAUGAAUGAACAAUUAAUACCUGUUGAACUAAAAGAAUUAACAGUAUAAAAAGAGAGUAAUCACUCAAAAGAAUUGAAUAUAAUAAGGGAGAAAGAUGCAAGACUCUAUCCAAUAGAACCAUUAACAGAAAUCAGCUUAACAAUUUUGAUAAUAAUAGUUGUUACAUUAUUAAAAGGAUCAGGAGCAGUACCAUCUCUACUUGGUAUUGAUUAUUGUGGCUAUGGUUAUCAUUUCUUAAAUUUCAUCAUCUUUGGAAUUGCUUUUUAUAAUGUAUAAAGAUAUAGAAAAUUAAUAUCAAAAGAUGAAGAAUAUAAGGAAUCUAUAGGUUAUGAUUUUGCAGAUGGUAAAAUGAGUGCAGUAUUUGAUAUUACAGUGAAAUCCAGUCUUUAUGCUGGGUUUUUGGGAGGACUUGUUGGUUUAGGAGGAGGUGUAGUAUUGACUCCUCUUUGGUUAGAAACUGGAAUAAAUCCUCCUAGAGCAGCUGCUUCUGCUACAUUCACAGUUUUAUUUACUUCAUCUAUUUCAGUUUUUAUUAUUGCUCUUUCAGGAGGUUAUUAAUUUUCUGAAUUCAUUAUUUUAGGGGUAAUAACAUAAAUAUAUAAUUUAAGUUGGUUUCUAGUUUUGGUAGUUAUUUGGUUGCAGGAUUCCUUAAAAAAUUAGUGAAAAAAUAUAAAAGAGAAUCUAUUCUAAUAUAAGUGCUUUUAGGAGUUAUAAGUUUUGGAUUAAUUAUACUUCCAUUUUAAUCUAUUAAAGAUGUAUAUUCAAAUCCUCUUGGUGCAAUUUAAUUUGGUCGUUUAUGCUGA